AUGUUAGUUACAUGUUUCCAGCCGGUUGACAAUUCAGCAAGCACCGGUCUCAUCAUGUCGAGGCACCUUCGCUUCAUUGCGCGGACGGUGAUGGUCAAAAACGGCGACGUUGACACGGCGUUCAAGAAUUUAACCAGGUAUCUGUCUCAGGAUGGGAUUAUUGACACAGUGAAGCGCAAGCGCUACUUCGAGAAGCCCUGCCGAGAGCGACAGCGGAAGAACUUUGAGAACUGCAGGCGGAUCUACCACAUGGAAAUGGCCAGAAAGAUUGCUUUCAUCUCCAGGACAAACAGAGAGGAUCCGUGGCUCGGCUGCUAGUGAAGUGGAGCAUGGUGAAAGGGGACGUUAUCAAUGUUCGCUGAGACGGGGCCAGUGAAGUACAGGAAGCAAUCAAGAUCAGCACCGUGUCACUGUCACGUCUAAAUGGUGUUUGGAAAUACCGAGAAAAAUGGCUUUCAUCAUUCAGCAGUAAAAGGAUCAAGAGGUUUUAGGUGUGCAUUGAGCGUCAAGUCGUCUUUGGACAUUUUAUUUUCUCCACAACAUUAGGCAUGAAAAGUGCAGUGCUUGCAGGUUAAUGAAUACUUGUUUGAUGACAUUUUGUGUUUUGAACCUUGCCACACUAUCUUGCCAAUGAAAAAGCAAAUAAAUGUGUGACUAUUUCUGAAAA